AUGAGAACAAAGAUUUUGCUCACAAUUUUGCUCUUCAGCUAGUUGUUUACACUUGGUUUAGCUAUAGACUAUUCAGUGAACCCUGUAAAUCCUGCAUAAGGUGCAAAUACAGUGGCUUAGAGUUAACCAGCUACAACAGGGCUAUGCCUCAAUGGUAUGCAUUAUGAUGAUUAUUCAUUUUAGGAUUUGGAUGGAAUGGCUAACUAUGUAUACCAUGUAUGUAGGUGAAGAAUGGGUAUUGCACAUGUACAAAAUAUGGAGGCUGCGAUACUAAAGUAUGUGAUUCUUCAUUAACAAAUUGCUAAGUUUUGACAAAUGGAUAAAACUCGUAUGCAUUAUCUUCUUAUCCAUAGAUACAUAUUAUUGAGAGCAACAGGAUGUAAUAAUUAUGCUUGGGGUGAUUCAAAUACAUCAGUAAUUUGUACAUAAUGUUCAUCUGGAUAUUUUAUGGUUGGUAUGAUAAUAAUUGAAUAUUCAAAGCUGGAAUCUGUGUUUAACCAAAUAAUUGUGCUUAGAUGAAUUUAGUAACAGGUACUUGUGAUACUUGUGUCGAUGGAUAUUAUUUCACUUAAAAUUUCUAAUUGUAAACUCUUUAAUCAUGGGAUUACUACUAAAAUAUCAAUUAAGUGAUUUGCAAUAAAUGUCUCGAUAAUUGUAAGAUAUGUACAUCAGGGUAUCAAUAUAAUUUUAUAUUAAAAAUAGUUAUACUUGUGUUUAAUGUAUGGAUUAAUACUAUUGGAGUCCAACAUAAUCUAAGUCUGCUUUAUCAAGUACUCCAAACGAUAGUAAUGCUGGAUAAUGCUUGGCCUGUAAUGUUAAUAUACCAUUUUGUAUAAAAUGUUAAAAUUCAACAACAUGUGAUAAAUGUUUAGAUGGAUAUUAUUAUACUGCUCCUUCAGAUUCAACCACAAAAGGAACUUGUACUAAAUGCAUGAGCAAUUGUUUAUUAUGUUAGAAUGCAGACACUUGUGAUACAUGUGAUACUGUCAACAAUUAUAUAUAUUUACAAGCAAAUAACUAAAAUGUAAUUAAUAUUAUAAUAUAAUUUAGUCAUGUGCUUUAUGUACUAGUAUAACAGGAUGCAAAACAUGUUCAACUUAAAGUGGUCAAUUAACAUGUACUGCUUGUUAAUCUGGUUAUGUAUUUGAUUCUCAAAAUGUUUGCAAAUAAUGUGAUGUAAAUUGUGCUUCUAAUUCAUGUUCUUAUACAAAUGAUCAAGUAUAAUGUAGUAAUUGUAUUGCAACAUUUGUAUUGAAAUCAAAUACAAGUUGUAAUUCAUGUGGAACAGGCUGUUCAUCUUGUUCAUAUAGUGAUUAAGCUUAAACAAAAAUAACUUGUGGAUAAUGCUUUGAUAAUUACUAUAAAGAUGAUAACAGUGUUUGCUAAUUAUGUUCCUCAUCAAUAGCCAGUUGUUAAAAGUGUAAUUACAAUAGUUAAAAUACUCCAAGUGUAACAUGCACAUAAUGUUCAUCAACUACUAAACUCACUAAUGAUUCAUAAAAAUGUCUGUCAGCUCCAUCUAAUUGUCUUGAUUUUAGUGUGACAAGUUCAGCAAAUCCAUCUACUUGUAAUACAUGUGCAGAUACCUAUUAUUUGGAUUCUGGUUCAUGUAUAUCUUGUACUACAGCAAAUGCCAGUUACUUAAGAUGUUCAAAGAGUAACAAUACAAUUACUGUUAUUCAAUGUUAAAAUGGAUAUUUCUUAUUAAGUGGUUCAUGUGUAUCAGCCAAAGAUGCAAAUACUUAAGCAACUAACCUUUCAUUAUAAACUUGUCAAACAAUUGCUUCUGGUAGUUAAUGUGCAACUUGUUUACCAGCUGCUUUAGGAACUANCAAACAAUUGUGCUUAGAUGAAUUUAGUAACAGGUACUUGUGAUACUUGUGUCGAUGGAUAUUAUUUCACUUAAAAUUUCCAAUUGUAAACUCUUUAAUCAUGGGAUUACUACUAAAAUAUCAAUUAAGUGAUUUGCAAUAAAUGUCUCAAUAAUUGUAAGAUAUGUACAUCAGGGUAUCAAUAUAAUUAUAUAUUAAAAAUAGUUAUACUUGUGUUUAAUGUAUGGAUUAAUACUAUUGGAGUCCAACAUAAUCUAAGUCUGCUUUAUCAAGUACUCCAAACGAUAGUAAUGCUGGAUAAUGCUUGGCCUGUAAUGUUAAUAUACCAUUUUGUAUAAAAUGUUAAAAUUCAACAACAUGUGAUAAAUGUUUAGAUGGAUAUUAUUAUACUGCUCCUUCAGAUUCAACCACAAAAGGAACUUGUACUAAAUGCAUGAGCAAUUGUUUAUUAUGUUAGAAUGCAGACACUUGUGAUACAUGUGAUACUGUCAACAAUUAUAUAUAUUUACAAGCAAAUAACUAAAAUGUAAUUAAUAUUAUAAUAUAAUUUAGUCAUGUGCUUUAUGUACUAGUAUAACAGGAUGCAAAACAUGUUCAACUUAAAGUGGUCAAUUAACAUGUACUGCUUGUUAAUCUGGUUAUGUAUUUGAUUCUCAAAAUGUUUGCAAAUAAUGUGAUGUAAAUUGUGCUUCUAAUUCAUGUUCUUAUACAAAUGAUCAAGUAUAAUGUAGUAAUUGUAUUGCAACAUUUGUAUUGAAAUCAAAUACAAGUUGUAAUUCAUGUGGAACAGGCUGUUCAUCUUGUUCAUAUAGUGAUUAAGCUUAAACAAAAAUAACUUGUGGAUAAUGCUUUGAUAAUUACUAUAAAGAUGAUAACAAUGUUUGCUAAUUAUGUUCCUCAUCAAUAGCCAGUUGUUAAAAGUGUAAUUACAAUAGUUAAAAUACUCCAAGUGUAACAUGCACAUAAUGUUCAUCAACUACUAAACUCACUAAUGAUUCAUAAAAAUGUCUGUCAGCUCCAUCUAAUUGUCUUGAUUUUAGUGUGACAAGUUCAGCAAAUCCAUCUACUUGUAAUACAUGUGCAGAUACCUAUUAUUUGGAUUCUGGUUCAUGUAUAUCUUGUACUACAGCAAAUGCCAGUUACUUAAGAUGUUCAAAGAGUAACAAUACAAUUACUGUUAUUCAAUGUUAAAAUGGAUAUUUCUUAUUAAGUGGUUCAUGUGUAUCAGCCAAAGAUGCAAAUACUUAAGCAACUAACCUUUCAUUAUAAACUUGUCAAACAAUUGCUUCUGGUAGUUAAUGUGCAACUUGUUUACCAGCUGCUUUAGGAACUACUCCUCCUUAAAAUGGAGUAUGUUCUUAUUGCAAUUGUAGUUCAAAUAAGGGUGAUUGCUCAGCUAAUGUUUCAGGUACUCCAGUACAAUCUACUGUCACAUGUACACCUAAACCAACUUGUUUACCAGGCUUUUACCUUGAUGGAUCAUCUUGUCUUCCAUGUGCUUCUACUGCUGGCGAUCUUUUAGGAGGUGUAAGUUGUUGUGGCCUUGGAUUGAUUUAUACAUCAGGAGUACCUAAUAAAUGUGUUUCAUAAACAAAUGCAACUGGAAAAGAAUAGUUAUUAGCAUCAAAUUCAAAUGCUUUCACUUGUGAUGUUGGAUAUUAUUAUAACUCUACUGAUACAAAAUGUCUCACUUGUAUAAAUAAUUGUGAUAUUUGUGUUGAUGGUACAACAUGUAAAACCUGUUCUCUAAAUUACACAUUAAUUAAAACUAGUAAUAAUGGUGUAUAAUGUGUGUUGAUCAAGUGUCUCGUAGUUGAUUCAACUAAGGGAUGUACUUCUUGUUAAUAUGGAUUUUAUUUAUCAAACAUUAAUGGUAUUGGAUAUUGCUUAUAAUGUUUGUCUCCACUUACUAAUGUAAUGCAUAUCAUCUAUUUUCUAUUAGUCAAUUUGCAGACCAUAUUCAAAUUAAGCACCUAAUGUGACCGUUGCACCUGCCACUUCAGUAGCAGUUUCAUCUAGUCCAGCUUAUGUUUGUGCCAAUGGAUAUUAUUGGAAUAGUUAAUACUGUUCUCCAUGCAAAUCAUUACCAACUUCUGGUAAACCUGGUGCUAGUGCAAAUGGUUAUUGUGUAUGUUCCACUUACUUAGACUGCACUUCUAUAGUUUGUAAUUCUGGAUAUGCUUUAGUUCAAAAGUAUAAGAUAAUAUUUAUUUAUUAGUACAUGUCAAGAAAUACCUAAAGGAUGUUAAACAUAUAUGAUUAGUAAUGAUGGUACAACUUUAAUUUGUACUGCAUGUAUUGCUUCCUAUUCACUUGUUUCAAAUGCUUGUAUACCAAGUCAAAAUUGUUAAUAAUUCAGUACUACAACUGGUAAUUGUGUUUAAUGUGCUUCUGGUUUCUAUUUGAAUUGGUAGUAUAACUCCUUUGUUUCAUAAGUUUCAACAGAUGCAAAUCCAUAUUUCAAUAAUUUCCCCUCUUAAUGUUCAGCUUGCACAAUAUCUAAUUGUCUUACAUGCACUGGUCCAACAGUUUGUACUACUUGUCAAAAUGGAUAUUUCUGGCAAACAUCAUAAUAUCUUCAAUAACCAUCAAAUGGAUCAUAAGGAAGUUGUUAACCAUGUAUGUAAGGAUGUUAGACUUGCUCAAAUAAUCAAUCAUGCUAAACUUGUUUCUCUGGAUAUUAUAUGGUUUAUCCAUAUUCAGGAAUUAAUUAUUGUUAACUUUGUUCAACUGUUCCUGCAAUAUCUAAUUGUUUGACUUGUGAUACUUCCUAAACUGCACCACAUGCUUAAUCAUUAAUCCCAACAUGUAGAUCUUGUCCAUCUGGAUAUUACUUAUAUAGUGGAAAAUGUGUUGUAUGUACUGGUGGAUGUUUAGCUUGUGAUGCUGAUAAUAGUUGCACAUAAUGUGUUUCUCAAGGAUAUGCAUAUGAUUAAGCAAAUAAGAAAUGUGUUGCUUGUUCUACAAUUACAGGAUGUACUUCAUGUUCUUAUAAUGGAACUCAAUUAAAUUGUUCAGCUUGUUAAGAUUUGUAUUAUCGUAACACUACCAAUAACAUAACAACAUGUUCAUUAUGUAGUGCAUUAGCUGGUAAGAACUAUUUAAGAUGUGUAUCAUCAACCAGUCCAACAUAAUGUUUAGAUAAUUUCUAUUUGAAUGGAUCCAGUUGUAUGCCUUAAAUUUCUAAUAAUAAAUGCUUAACCUAUGAUAAUAAUUCAGGUUGUACAUCUUGUAUUACUGGAUACAUUAUAGUUGGUAAUACAUGUUAAUUAUGUACAUCAACCAAUGCUUAAUGUAUAAAAUGUUAAGUAAUUGCUAACACUGGAUCAAGCUAAUCUGCUUCUUUACAAUGUGCUGCCUGUUAAACUGGAUAUUAUUUAACAACAUCAUAUGGAUGUACAGCAUGUCCAAAUGUUAAAGGAUGUGAAGUUUGUAAUUCUGCUGGAUGUUAAACUUGUUCUUCUGGUUAUUAUCCUACUACAGUUACUACAGACACCAAUAAUUCAACUGGUACAUCAACAUCUAAUAAUACUGUCACUUGUAACAAUUGUGUUUCCAACUGUUAAAUUUGUUAAUAAGCUAAUGUAAUACAAUUUACUUAUUUUUAGUCUUGUACCAAAUGUGCUGAUGGUUAUUUCCUUGUUACUACUACUUCCUCUGGAACUACUUCAGUUACUACUAGUAGUUGCUUUGCUUGUCAACCAGAAUGUCAAACUUGUGUUGCUCCAGGCACCACUUGCACAUCCUGUAUAGCUGGCUAUGUGUUCUAGAAUGGAGGUUGUGUCACUUUAGCUUAAGCCAAUUGUUAUUCUGUUGGAACCAAUGGCUGUGCUAUUUGUAAAUAUGGUUACUAUUUAAAUAAUGGAGUUUGUUAUUAAUGUCUCAACCCAUAAGCAGAUGUAUUAAUUAUUUAUAUUAUCUUAGUUUCUAUGUACAAAUCCAGUAGACAACCUUUUCACAUCAGCAACACCAUAAUAAUAAUGAAAAAUUAAAAUCAUAUUCAAAAUAAUUAUAUUUUAU